CAGUAUGACAUGCAGAUGAGUGCCGUCGAUCUUAGAAUCACCGCACACUUCACUCAUUUGGGCAGUCAAACGGGGCCAAAACCAGAGUGUGGACCACAGUGUGGCGGUGGAGGCAGCAGCCAAUGGGAGGCCAAUACAGCACCCUAUGACAAAAAUGGAAACCACCAGCAGUGUGAGGAGACCUGAAAGUGGCACAUGGCAGAGUGUGGCGAUAGAGACAGCAGCAAUGGAGGCCGUACAGGGACCCAUGACACACUCUGGACCUGGCAGCAGCAUGAGGAGUCAGUACAGGGGCCCAUGACAGAUUACGGGCCUGGCAGCAGCUAUGGAGGCCCGUAAUCUCCAGCACCCUAUGACAAAA